CUCAUUCAUGGCUUCUCUCUGCAGUUUUCUCUCAUUCAGACCAUCCAAACCACCCAUCCUUUCUUCUUCUUCUUCUUCCCACCUCUCAUUCCUACUUCCUUCUCCUCCUCCUUGUUCUCUUUCUCUUACUUACGGAAGAGGGAGAUUUCCAAUAAUAGGAAUUGGAUCUUCUUCUUUUCCGUCUUCUCACUCACUAUCGUAUGUAUUUCCUUCCCUCGGAAGCAGCACCAGGCUCUUAUGCAGGUCAGGAUACAACGUGCAGGUGGUGGUGGAAGACAAUGAGCCGGAAGAAUCCCUCGUCCGCCGCUUCCGUUCCAAGGUCCUUAGGGCUGGCGUCAUCCAGGAAUGCAAGCGGAGGAGGUUCUUUGAGAAUAAGCAGGACAAGAAGAAGAGGAAGGCAAGAGAAGCUUCCAAGCGGAAUCGAUGGAGGUUUCGAUUUUUCAUUCACUUUUCCUUCUUUCAGAUGGUUUGAUUGCCUGCUAGAGAUGAUGAUUCUUUUAGGUCUUGUUUGAAUUCAUCUCCUUUUUAUCAAGGAAAUCUAUUUGGUACGAUUAGGAUCGUCUGCUUCUGUUGUGGGUUUUGUUUGAAAAUAUAUCCUCUUUCACUGAAAUUCUUUGAUUUUCAGUUCUCUCUCUCUAAUGUUCAGGUGCAGGGCUGUUUUGGGUCUUGCUUGAUUUUUGCAGAAA